AUGUCUCGUUCAACAUCGGGAAAUACCAAUCGAAUCAAAUCGGGUAACGGAACGAAAAAAGAUAAAACAAUAACUAAUGGAAGUCAACAAAAAAAUAAUAAAAAAGAAGAAGCUUCAUCAAGUGAUGAUGAUAAUGAACCAAUUCGUGUUCCAAUUCAAUUAAAAAUUGAAUUUGUUAAUUCAAUUAUGUUUCGUCAAUGGACAUUAGCAAAAAAAUUAUGUCAUUUUGUAUUAAUGUAUGAACCAAAUAAUAGUGAAGCUAAACAAUUUGCUCCACUUAUUGAUUAUAUGUUGGAAAAAGAACAAUCUUCAUCAUCUUCUGAUGAUGAUGAUGAUGAUUCAAGUGAUGAUGAUUCAUCUGAAAAUAGUAGGAGUUCAGAUUCUUCAUCAAAUGAAGAAAAAAAACAGAAUGAUACUAUUCAAAUUCAAACAUCAAAACCAAUCAAUGCUUCGUUAUCAAACAAAUGUCCAUAUCAUAAGUGA